CUAUUUACUUACAAGAUAAGUUAUUUUCUGAAAGAGUUGCUUUGAGCAUUUCUCUCUCAAAAAGGGACUCAAAUUUAGUUUGUGAAGAAGUAAGCAGCUCUAUUUCCGAUGAUUCCAAACAUGACUAUGAACUUGAAUGGAUGAAAGGAAAAAUUAAAAUCAUAAAAUUUUCACUGAAAUAUGAAUGAAACAAAUAAAGUUUGCCGAAAUUUCAACUCAUUUGGGGUAAGAGCAUGUAGGUAGGGCGAGAUAUAAUACUACACUGAGAGUAUCUCCAGUAAACGCCUAGAAAAUGAAAGCAAUGGUAUAAAACCUCCAUCCCUUACAUUAUGAUGUUGGUGAAGCUCUUCAUUUUGUAUAUUGGUUUAGUGACAUGUUACGAUGAUUUCCGUUGGAAUUUGAGCAUUUUAAAUACGCCAAGCUUCAAAACUGACAAUUGCCAUUAUAGAAGUGAAGUUUGCAAGAAGGAAGAAGACGAUUAUUGUGAAGUUGAUUUGUGUAAAGACGAGAAUAAUUGCACUAUCAAAGUUGCUAUAAUCUUACCGAAAUCUUCGAAUUACAUUGUGAAUUUGAACGAGGCUGUCAGUGUACUAAAGUCUGCUGUUCAAGAUGCUAGAGAUCAGAACAUUCUGAACGAUGGAGUUGAUAUUAUAUACAAAACUUUCGACGACAACUGUACUCAAGAAUUUGCUACCAUAAAAGUGUUUGAAGCAGCUUCAGUUUUUUGUGCGAAUGUUAUUUUUGGACCAAUAUGUGAUUAUUGUCUAGCCAGUGUCGGUAGAGUAGCAAAAUAUAUUGGUAAUUAUGGAACACCAGUUAUUACACCUGGUGGAUUUAGUUUCGACUUCACAAAGAAAAAGACUACUUGCAAAGAUGAGUUCUACAUGCUGGUGAAUUCAGGUCCAGCAGAUUUCGCAUCGUUCGCAGAAUUCUUUCAUCUUAUACUCGAUAGAUACAAAUGGGGUAAAAUAGCACUGAUGUAUGAGAAAACUGAGCAGAAUGAAUUGUCAGGCGAUGAUGGUUGUCAAUUGUUGAUGAAGUCCAUCAUAAUCGAACUGAGGGAAACACCACAACUAGACUUCUACGAUGGGGAUCUUGAUUUGCUUCAGAUGAACUACACCGAAUUUUUCCAGAAUAUCGUUGGAGUCAAAUAUGGAAUCAUUCUUAUAUGCACCAAUCAGCAGAAAGCUAGGAAGAUUAUAAUGGAGGCAUAUAAACUCAAGAUGAUGGAAUUGGGAGAAUAUAUUUUCUUUAAUUUCGAGAUGUACAACGACGCAGAGUAUCCAAUGGAGCCAUGGUUUGAAGCAAACGACACAGCUGAAAGCAACGAAAUUGCCAAAUCUGCUUACAGGUCAAUGUUCACAUUCAAUCCCCUACUACAUACAGAUUUCGAUUUGGUCAAAAACCAAUCGAACAGAGGAUCAAUUUAUAUUGAUGGUCUAUACGAUGGAAUGAUGCUGUAUGUGCAAGCCUUAAACAGAUCUCUCUUUGAUAAAUUUCGCCACGGAUACAUCGGGGAUGGAAUAAAAGGAUAUGAAAUUUUCGAAAAUAUGAUUGGGGUAUCAUAUUUAGGAAGGCAUGGCAUGGAAAGAACGAACUGUAAUGGACAGAGGAUCAAUCAUUUCGCCCUGUUGAAUGUUAAUGACACUGGUCAGUAUGAAACUGUUGCUAUGUACGAUGCGUCCUCGAAAACAAUAUCGAAUUGGAAUGUGAAAUGGCCCUCAGGUGAUGAUAUACCAUCCGAUACACCAAAAUGUGGCUAUGACCUGUCUCUCUGCCCCAAGGUAGAUCCGGUUAGCGUUUUGGCGCUGAGCUUGGUAUCAGUUUUAUGCAUUGGUAUUUUACUCAUAGGUGGCCUAGCUUACAGACAUUUCAAAUUUAAGAGAGAAAUACAUUCCCUGGCAUGGAAAAUAAACUAUGACGAUAUUGUUAUACCAGAAAUGCCAAGAUAUAGUUUUCAAUCAGCUUUCUCAAUGAGGAAAGCUAGUUUACUGGCCCUCGAAGGAAUAAGCAUAGCCGGCGAGUUAUACGGAAAAAAGGGUUUCGUAAUUUACAAAUCGCAGAAGGCCUACAUGAAACGUUACAAGAACAUCAAGAUCGAGUUGAAUAAAUAUCAUCUGAAGGAGCUGAAAGCCAUGCACGAUUUAUCGAACGAAAAUGUAGUAAAAUUUUAUGGUGGCUGCUUCGAGGAUCCCAGAUAUAAUUGCGUCCUCUAUGAAUACUGUUCGAAGGGAACACUAUACGAUGUCAUCCAUGAUGAGAAUAUUGAGCUGAAUGACCUAUCGUUCCGCAUAUCUCUUCUCAUGGAUAUUGUCAGAGGGAUGCUGUACCUACAUUCUUGCUCGCUAAAGUCACAUGGGACAUUGAGCUCGACCCAUUGUCUUGUCGACAAUAGAUUCAGCGUUAAAAUAUCUGAUUACGGCCUUAGAAGUCUGGAAAGCUAUGCCGAUGACAACAGUUCGCAAGAUGAUACCCACCACUCAUACUGGAAAAGUUUACUUUGGACUGCUCCUGAACUGCUUAGGGCUCCAAAAGAAAGAGGUACCCAACAAGGAGAUAUCUACUCCUUUGCUAUUAUAAUGCACGAAAUUGUAACGGGAAAGGAAACUUUUUAUCUAGAGGAAGAGAACAAUAUGUCAGUUAGAGAGGUCGUCGAGAAUGUACGUAACGGUUCAAGCAGCAACAAUAACGGCGAACAGUUAAGACCUUCUCUAGAGGGCGCCACGUGUGAUGAUGAAGUUGCCCAGCUAAUGAGAAAAUGCUGGAAUGAAGACCCCGGAGACAGACCAAACUUCACUAAUAUCAAGAAUAGACUGAAAACGAUGAACAAGGAUUGCGAUGGCAAUUUUGUGAACAAUCUGCUUCAGCGUAUGGAACAAUACGCCAACAACUUGGAGGUGCUCGUUGAAGAGCGCACCGUGGACUACAUGGAAGAGAAACGCAGAUGCGAGGAAGUUCUCUAUCAGCUGUUGCCGAAGAGUGUCGCCCAACAGCUAAUAAGUGGCCACGAGGUGCAGGCUGAGAAUUUCGACAGUGUCACCAUCUACUUCAGUGAUAUUGUCGGAUUUACCAUGCUUGCUGCACAAAGCACUCCUUUUGAGCUUGUCGAGUUUCUAAACGAGUUGUAUACUUGUUUUGACUCGAUUAUCGGGAAUUUCGACGUAUACAAGGUUGAGACAAUAGGGGAUGCUUACAUGGUCGUUUCCGGUUUACCGGAGAGAAAUGGCAAUAAUCACGCGCGCGAAAUCGCAAGAAUGUCGCUGGCAAUGCUGGAACAGGUCCGUAAGUUCAAGAUAAAGCAUCGUCCCAGCGACGAACUGAGACUUAGGAUCGGUUUGCAUUCCGGCCCUUGUGCUGCCGGCGUGGUCGGGCUUAAGAUGCCGAGGUAUUGCCUCUUUGGUGAUACAGUUUGUACAGCAUCGCGAAUGGAGUCGACUGGAGAGCCGUCGAGAAUUCACGUCAGUCACGUGACCAAAGCAAUCCUGGAUUAUUUCGGCAGCUUCGAUCUGGUUUGCAGAGGGAAAGUUGAAAUGAAGGGAAAGGGAACAAUGCUAACUUAUUGGUUGGCAGGCGAAAAACCUUCUAUUUCCAAAGUACCCAGCUUGCCUCCUAUUGAGGAAGUUGCUCCUGAUAUCAAGGUGUUGAAACGAUCCACCAGUGAUUCAGAUCUUUACAAGUCGAAGGAAAUACAUGACGACGAACCAAGUGUUCCACUAUUAUACAGUCAUGAUUCUCCAGGUGUUUCCCAUGUUUGAAAGCAAAACCUAUAAUCACCCAAAAACCAGAUUAUUGAUGUUUGACCAUGAAAAACCUGCUAUAUGUGUGGAUAGCGUAAGAAAGCUAAUCCUUGUUGCCCAAACGUAAAUGGGGGCAACAACAUCCCUUAGUUCACCCUCAAACUGCUCUGGUCUUCGUUAUUCGUCGAUACCAGGGAGUAUAUGUUGAAAAUACCCCAUUUUUAACCUAUAUCAAGUGUUUUUGUGUAGAGUAAGAAGAAAUAGAAGAACUAACUAUAGAGGAACUCAAUUUAAUUUAUCCUGAAUUGAUUACUUAACUCAAUUUAUUACUGCUCAAUUUCUUUUUAUUUCUUCUUCUUCUUCUCUUUUCUACUCCAAUAAUUGAGUAGCCCAGCACACUCUAAAGAACUGGUUUUCUGGUAUAUUUGUUUUUUAUAUGAUCAUUGUGUUAUUAUGUCAAAGUCUGCACACAAUCUGUACUAUGUUCUUUCAAUUUGAAUAAAAUGUUUUGAUUCUGUAGAUAAAAUAAACAUUUACAGAAUCAAGUUAUUUUGUUCUAAGAAAAGAGGAGUAAUUUAUUUACCAAAUCUUACCGUUUAUUCAAUCUUGAAGAUGGUCUUUGAACACUUAUGUAAGUUCCUUUUCGUCUGUUUAUUGAUUUGUUUUUUAUUAUAAAUUUUAUGAUAUGUUGAUAAAUAUAAAACAUUUUAUUCAAAUGUGUAACUUGAAGGCUAAUAAAGAUAUACGACUAUAUUCAU